AUGAGAUGGGAAUACAUUACGAAAAUAAGACAAUUUCGUGAAGAAGGCCGCUAUAUCGUUUAUGUUGACGAAACUUGGUACGACACACAUGAUUUAGUAAAGAAGGAUCUUACAGACGGGACCGAGAAUUGUUACUUACAAGGGCCACCCUCCAGAGGUAAAAGAAUAAUAAUUCUUCAUGCUGGCGGAACUGAUGGGUGGAUGCCGAAUGGAUUACUUCUUUCAGCCAAACAAAUUAAGAAUUGUUCAGCUGACUAUCAUUGUGAUAUGGAUGCGACGUUGAACGGUGAUAGUUAUGGACAAUGCCAGCUAUCAUUCAAAACUAUUAAACAAAAUACCAACAACGUCCACAAAAAAGAUGAUAUUAUACAUUUUAUGAGGCACAAUGACAUAGACAUCCCGGCAUGUAAAGCAACAAAAAAAGAUCUUUUAAAUUGUAUAAAACAACUGAAUAUGCCAAAACAAUAUCGAAUCGAUCAAAUAGCCAAAGAACAUGGACACAUUGUGUUGAGAUUUCCGCCGUCUUACUGUGUUCUGAAUCCCAUUGAAUUAAUAUGGAGUAGUCUGAAAAGAUCAAUUCGACGAAAUAACACAACCCCUAAUUCAGGCGCUCAAAAAAAUUAUGUAAAGCAUGUAAUAGACAUUGAAAACAGCUAUGUUUCACCUAAUUUUCAAGAGUUUGUUGUCCAUUUAGAGGACGAAGACAACGACGACGAUGUAGUAGACUAUUUUUUUGAUAGUGAUAACGACUGA